AUGUUUCGAAAGGAGUUUUCUACGAUCAUAUCCCACAAUGAAGUUAAGGAUCUUCGAAUAGUGGCCAUUUCAUCGUCAACCACUUCAAUAUUGGCCUGGUUUUUCUUUCUUUACCUAUAUGGAAUGAUACAUCCAAGUCGACGUAAUUUCAGGCACAACUUGAUUUUUGUUCUUAUAUUUUUUGAUUUCAUCAAGGCCAUAGUGAUUUUGUUAUAUUCUACAAUCACAUACCAUAAUGGACUGGAUAAUAACAAUGUUCUAUCCGAUGUACUAGGAUGGUUUAUAGUUUUUUCAAUUGAAGGUGCUGACGUAAUCAUACUUUCGUUUGCACUGCAUAUGGCAUUUCUAGUUUUCGAUACCCAGCUUAAGAAGGCCUGUCAACGACUCAAGGAUCUGACUGGAAUUGAAAAAUGCCCCACGGAGAGACUCUCGGAAUGGCUCAAUAAGAACCCUGAUAAUUUAGAAGGUGGUCUCUAUAAGUUUCGAUUUGUCGUAUAUUUUGUCUGUUUGUUUUUCCCCAUAAUGAUGGCGUCCUUAAGCUUCACCCUUCACGAUCCAUAUAUGGGAUACAUCUACAUGCCCUUUUUCCGGGUCUACACAGUGGCAUGGCAUUUCUCAUGGGUGGUUCGUCAUAUAAUUCUAGUGUCGAUUUUGGCCAUAUACGUCACCAUCUACGUGUACGUCAUGUGUCAAUUCCGGAAAGUUUCCCAAUCGUUCAUUCGUGAGGGUAAAGAACAUGAGGACGAGAAUAUGUUACGUUAUACAUUUGGCGAGACUGUGUGGUUCAAGCUGUUGAAGGUAUGUAUCAGGAUUAGCUCUAAGUUUGCAAGAAGGCACGACAAGCGGACCGAAAAUGACAACGACCCACAUACGGGAAAUGUGAAUGGUGCAGUAUCUAGCAGUGAUGAGACUCUAGGACUUCCUAAUAGUGGUGCAGUGCAAAACAAUGACGUAUCGGGACAAAUCCAGUCUAUAUUAUACCAAGAAGCAACAGAUCGGUUUAAUGCAAGGAAACUACAAAUCAUGAAACAAAUGAAGUCAAUUUUUAUAUAUCCAAUCUCGUUUUUCUUGCUUUGGCUUCUGCCACUUAUCAAUCACUACCAAGUUAUUCGUACAGGCCAUGAAACACUGUGGUCAACGGCGCCAUCUGCCUUCUUCCAGCCAUUCAAUUGUUUUGUUGAUGCUUUGGUUUUCAUGUACAGGGAAAAACCGUGGUUACUUACUGUUUCAGAGUCGUUUCUUGAUACAACCGAUGUAGGGUGGAGACGGCAUGUAAGUUUUCUUCCUGGCUAUGGGAGCUACGGAGAGACUGUGUACGUGGAAGAGCUUGGCUUAAAUGAGGCCGUAUAUAAUGAGGGAAGUCCGAUGUGUGGACAUCAGGGCUCCUCUGACGAAGCUACACCUAGGUCCAAAGAUGACAAGGACGAAGAUAGUCUAGACUUAAAAGACUUUCUCAAUGCAAGCAAACCCAUGAGAGUUUCAAACUCGAAACGCCAUUAUUCAAAACAGAGAAGCUCAUCAAGUUCCCAAACUCACCGGAUGUCCACAAUGUCAUUAUCUUCAUCAUCUAAUAAAUCACCAGUGGAACUGAUACCUGCACCUACUCGAGUCAGGGAGAGCAUAAAUUGGAAUUUGGACAUGUUUGAGGAUAAAACUAUAGACAUGCGUGACUUUCUAAAUGGUAAAUAG